AUGCUUAUAUUAUCUGGAAACCUUCUACUGAUCCUCAUGGUAAGGCUUAAUUCCCAACUUCAGACACCCAUGUACUUUUUCCUAAGUAACCUCUCUUUCAUCGACAUUUGUUUCUCCUCGAGUGUGGUGCCAAAAAUGUUGGUUAACACAAUAUCAAAGGACCGGAGUAUUAGCUUCUGGGGAUGUGCAUGCCAGAUGUAUUUCCAUUUAGCAUUAGGAUCUACAGAGUGUUUGAUAUUGGCUGUUAUGGCUUAUGAUAGGUAUACUGCUAUUUGCAAGCCUUUACAAUACACUGCUAUCAUGGGCAGAAAAUUUUGCCUAUGGCUCUCUGCUAGCUGUUGGGCCAUCAGUUUCUUUAACUCAUUCAUCUUGACAGUACUCACCUUCCAGUUGCCAUAUUGCAGGUCUAACCACAUUAGCCAUUUUUUCUGUGAGAUGCCACCACUCCUACGACUCUCUUGUAGUGAUAUUUGGCUUAAUGAAGUAGCAGAAUAUAUAUCAGGCAUCCUGAUUGCUCUUGGCUCUUGCUUGUUGAUCUUUGGGUCUUAUCUCUGCAUUGCUAUGACCAUUGUAAAGACUCAGUCAACCAAGGAAAGACAGAAGGCUUUUUCCACUUGUGCUUCUCACAUAUUGGUGGUCUCUCUCUAUUAUGGCACAGUCAUGUUCAUGCACUUAAGACAGCGAUCCAGCUACUCAGCGAAACAGGACAGAAUUGUGUCCAUUCUAUAUACAGUAAUAAUUCCAAUGCUGAAUCCCAUGAUCUACAGCAUAUGA